CCUGUUAUUAAUUAAACUAAGAUGGAAGAGUUGUGACUUGCCCAUUGUUUGCCUUUAUUGGCUUUCAGCCAUGCCUCAUCAUGUUAUAGUCAUGGCGCACGUGUGACCCUGGUGGAAGCCCAGCUCAGUGAUACCAUGGCUCACUUCGAUACAGAGUACCAGCGGCUGGAGGCUUCAUACAACGACUCUCCCCCUGGAGAAGAGGACUUGAUGGUGCAUGUUCCUGAGGGCAGCAAAUCUCCUUGGCACCACAUUGAGAAUCUGGAUCUUUUUUUCUCUCGUGUCUAUAACCUGCACCAAAAGAACGGCUUUACCUGCAUGCUCAUCAGUGAGAUCUUUGAGUUAACGCAGUUUAUCUUUGUUGUGGCCUUCACCACAUUCCUCAUCAGCUGUGUUGACUAUGACAUCCUUUUUGCCAACAAGCUGGUGAAUCACAGCCAGCAUUCCGGUGACCCAGUUAAGGUGACCCUGCCGGAUGCCUUCCUACCUCCCAGCGAGUGCAGUGCCAGGAUUCAGGCCAAUGGCUUUCUGCUCUCUAUCCUGGUGAUUGCAGGGGUCUUCUGGAUCCAUCGACUAAUUAAGUUCAUCUACAACAUUUGCUGCUACUGGGAGAUACACUCAUUUUACAUCAAUGCUCUCAAGAUUCCCAUGUCCAGUUUGCCCUACUACACGUGGCAGGAGGUGCAGGCACGAAUCGUGCAAAUCCAGAAGGAACACCAGAUCUGCAUCCACAAGAAGGAGCUCACAGAGCUGGACGUCUACCACCGCAUCCUGCGUUUCAAGAACUACAUGGUGGCCAUGGUGAACAAGUCGCUGCUUCCCGUGCGCUUCCACCUGCCUCUGCUGGGUGAUACGGUCUUCUAUACACGUGGCCUCAAGUACAACUUUGAACUGAUCUUCUUUUGGGGCCCUGGCUCACUCUUUGAGAAUGAGUGGAGUCUCAAGGCUGAGUAUAAACGGGGCAGCAACCGCCUAGAGCUAGCUGAGAAGCUGGGCACUCGCAUCCUGUGGAUUGGCAUUGCUAACUUCCUGUUGUGCCCACUUAUCCUCAUCUGGCAAAUUCUCUACGCUUUCUUCAGCUACACCGAGAUUCUCAAGCGAGAGCCGGGCAGCUUGGGUGCCCGCUGCUGGUCUCUCUAUGGCCGUUGCUACCUGCGGCACUUCAACGAACUGGACCAUGAGUUGCACUCACGCCUCAGCAAGGGCUACAAGCCAGCUUCCAAGUACAUGAACUGCUUCAUUUCGCCCCUGUUCACCAUCGUGGCAAAGAAUGUGGCCUUCUUCGCCGGCUCCAUCCUUGCUGUCCUCAUUGCACUGACAAUUUACGACGAGGAUGUGCUUGCUGUGGAGCACGUCCUCACUACAGUUACAAUUCUGGGCGUGGCUGUUACAGUUUGCAGAUCCUUCAUCCCAGACCAGCACUUGGUAUUUUGCCCAGAGCAGCUGCUUCGUGUGAUUCUAGCACAUAUCCACUACAUGCCUGACCACUGGCAGGGCAACGCUCACCGAUAUGAGACCCGGGAUGAGUUUGCACAGCUCUUCCAGUAUAAGGCGGUGUUUAUUCUGGAAGAGCUGCUCAGCCCCAUUGUGACCCCCUUGAUCCUCAUCUUCUGUCUGAGACCCAAAGCUCUGGAGAUCAUUGACUUCUUCCGCAACUUCACCGUGGAGGUGGUGGGCGUGGGGGACACUUGCUCCUUUGCCCAAAUGGAUGUGCGACAACAUGGACACCCUGCAUGGAUGUCAGCUGGGAAGACGGAGGCCUCCAUUUACCAGCAAGCUGAGGAUGGCAAGACAGAACUAUCCCUCAUGCACUUUGCUAUCACCAACCCACACUGGCAACCACCACGGGAGAGUACAGCCUUCAUUGGCCUGCUCAAGGAACGUGUGCACCGUGACAGCAGCCUGGCGCUGGCUCAGCAAGCUGUCCUUCCUGACAAUGCACUCUUCACUUCCAUUCAGUCCCUGCAGUCAGAAUCAGAGCCACACAGCCUGAUUGCCAAUGUGAUUGCAGGCUCCUCAGUUCUGGGUUACCAAGGAGUCCGCGAUGCACAGGCCUCACGGCAUCUUUCCGCUGUUUCCGAGGUGGCCUCUGCUCUGCGUUCUUUCUCUCCCCAUCAGUCUGCUCAGCCAACCCAUGGGAGUUCCCAGAUUGAGGGCCCUCAAUUCCGAGGCCCUAGCACAAUGACAGGCUCUGGGGCUGAUGCUCGAACAGCUAGCUCCGGCAGCAGUGCCUGGGAGGGUCAACUCCAGAGCCUGAUCCUUUCAGAGUACGCCUCUACAGAGAUGAGUCUGCAUGCACUCUACAUGCAUGAGUUACAUAAGCAGCAUGCCCAGCUGGAGCUUGAGCGACACUUGUGGCAUCGGCGGGAAAGUGACGAGAGUGGUGAAAGCGCCCAGGAAGAAUCCGAAGCUCACCGGAGCACCCCAAGUAGCACAAUUCCUCGGUCUGCCAGCUAUCCUUUUGCCACGCCUCGCCAGAUUGGAGAGGAGACGGCUGCUCUACAAGUGAGCUUUCAGCGCCGAUAUGGUGGUGUCUCAGACCCUGGUAUGAUGCACAGGGCCCCGUCACAUUUUGCUCGGAUGCCACUUGGAGGCUGGGCUGAGGAUGGCCAGCCUGCUCGACACCCAGAACCUGUCCCGGAGGAGAGCUCGGAAGAUGAGUUGCCACCUCAGGUACACAAGGUGUAGCUUUGAAGGCUGAAGAACUUACGGGUGUUCCAGACUCCGGGCCCAUCUUGGCUGGUGUGACAUUGGGUUACUCUGCCCAGCAAGCCAUGGGUUGCCCAAGUGUCUGCGUCUUGGACAUCAGCACCAGAGGGGGAAAGGUGUGAGGUCAACAGUGCCUUUGUGGUAGAUGGAACUCUAUCCAGACAUGUAUCAUGCCAGUGACACUCUAGCUGUGCAUAGGCUGGAUGUGUGUGUGUGAUUCCAUUUAUACGUCCGUGUCUGCAUACGUGUUGCAUACAUGUCGUCCAUGUUGGAGAAUCAUCCAAGACCAGCACAGAAAGCUAUGGAGCACAUAAAACAACAAGGAGAUUGGCAGGUGCUCACCCUGCCUGAAACGUUCCAGGGUGGAGGAGGACCUGCUCUAUGGGCCCCAGUCAAAGGCAGGAACAGCUGUAUCAUUGUCCAGACCGUAAUACAAUUAAAGAUGCAAUCAGGAGAGCGAUUUGGACUCAGGAAAAGAAGGGCUCUGAGAGAUUAUUUUUGUAGCAGAAAUGGGGCACAGAUUUCCGUCAGUGGCAGAGUUUGCUUUAGUUAAAACUCGGCAGAAAAAUGUGUGUAUCUCUUCCCUCCGAAUCCCAGUCAGAAGGAGAAUCCCUGAAGUUUCACCACCGCCCUUUCCCUCUACAGGAGCAGCCUUCCUAUGGGUGUGAUGGGUUCCACUCUGCUUGGAACAUCAUAGAGUUCAUGUGAAUGGCUGGUCUUUCUUACAGUAUCAAAGCACAGGCGUACCAGGGUAAUGCUCUUAGCAGGGUAGAUUGAGCCAGUUCCUGAAAUAAUAUCUAUGUUUACCAAAGAACACCUUGCACAAGAACCCUGUUCUCCAGAAUGGAGCUUUAUUCUGUUCUGAAGAAGUACGUUGCUCUUACUUUGUUCAUCUUGCUAGGGCAUAAAAUGGAGUGUGAGGCUCUGUGCCCUGUUGUAUCUUAGUGUGAAGGGGAAGAAGACAGUAUUAGUCUGCUCUUCAUAUUUUCACUUAACUGCUUCCCAGUACCUUAAUAGGGUUCCUCUGCCAAUGAAUGUUACCCCUUUUUGUGUGGGUGCUUUGAUGAAAAAAAAAUAUCCAGCUGUCAUGAAAGUGCCAGCAAGAAAAGGGAUCUUACAUGCCAAAAAAUUAAAAUAAAACUUGUCAGUAUCUAUGGACUAAGAAAAAAGCAGACUUCAAAUUCUCAUGAAGGGAGAUGGACCACCACUCUGACUGAAAUAUUUUUUGUGUGUAACGGAGGUUCGAUUAGUUUCACAAUAAUUACAUUUGAUCCACUGCCUUUGUACAUGUUUUUAUGUACUACCUGUCCCAGCACAGUGGCAUGCAACCUUCUCCUUGGCAUAGCAAAGUUCAGGUGAAAUGCUUUCUGAACAGCCUGUAAACAGCAUUAUAUCCAUGGAGGGUGUGGUAAAAUUCAGCCAAUCCGAUGCAUUAGUCAAUGCUAGCUGUCUUUCACAGCUACAGGCUACCACAGUCCUGACGAAACCUGUAAUUUAACUGCUCCUAUUGUCUUGACCUGAACUUUGAACCCUUUUUACAAUAGCUGCUGCCCCUCCCACAGCUGCUUACCAAACCACAAGCUGUUUUGUGUGGGACAAGGGAUUUGCUGCUAUAGAUUAAAAGUAAUAUAGAAACACAGGUGUCUUUGCUGUAGUCAGGGCACAAGGCUGACUUUUAAAACAGCAGUACUUCUCGUUUGGGAUUCAGGACUUCUGGGUUCCUGGAGAUUGAUUUCAGUUGCUAGUUUUCUGCAUCUCAACAGGAGCCUCGCUUCAUGGUGUGAUUCCUUUCUACUUCUAGUAGUACCUUAAAGAUGAGAUCCUUGGUGUUUUUAGGGUGGGUGUGAGAGUGUAAAGGUGCUCCAGAUUGUUCUGAGAGACACUUCAGGUGAAAAGUUUAAGAAUGUAAAAAGAUUCCUACUGGAUCAGAUCAGUGGUCCAGCAUUCUGUUUCAUACAGUGGCCAACCAGAUGCCGUGGAGGCCCAACAAAUGGCAUAGGUUGCUAGGGCUGUGGGUUCUUCCUUGCCCACACUUCCUUACUGGAGUAUCCUGGAGUAUUUCCCUAUGCACACAUUUCAUUUGGACCCCAGAAAAGAAGUAGCUUAGCUUCUCAGAAUGUAGCCUUGAUCUGUGCUGGUCAUGAUCUACAGAGCACCUGCCCUGGGCAAUGAUUACCUUGCUCAUUCCCAGUGGAAGCACUUAUAGCAGGGGUGGCCAACGGCUGGGGCUGAUGGGAGUUGUAGGCAAAAAAGCUACCGCUGGCCACCCCUGACUUAUAGCCUUGGACUAGCAAUGAUAAAAGGGAACAUUUUGUCCAAAAAUGUGGCGUGGGGUUUGCCAGCUGCCCUGUAUUGUACUUGUCUUUGUCCCCUCUGCGUGUGCAUGGCACAGCCACCUUGCUGCCUUCUGUUUGCGGCACUAGAAAGGCUGGGCGGUGACUCUGUAUGUGGAGCAAGUUGGUUUGUAAAGCAGAACUUGCACCUAGCAUGCUGUAUCUGCUGAUUAAAGAGGGGCAUUCUGUUUCCUAGUGAUUCUGGGCGUGUUUGUCAACUUGUUUUUCUUUGUUUCUGGAAGCAUCAUGACAUGCUACCUGUACAAGUUAAAUUGCAGGAUCCUGAAAAGCCCACCUAAUGUUUUAUGAUGUUGCUGCAGAUUGUACAGUCUCUAGAUUACCCAUGGGGAAUGGGUACAUGUUCUUAUAUGGGCUACAUCCCAUUUCAUUGAGGUUUUAGGAUCUGUAGGGGUGUCAAACUCAUCUGUUAUGAGGGACAGGUCUGACGUAAAUGUUACUUUGUGGGGCCAGGCCAUGCGCAUCAUAAACUGUAAUGCCAGGUAGCAGAGAUAUAAACUUUAUAAAGGAUACAGACAAACACAAUUAAAGAUAUUUUUAAAUUUAAAAUACAAA